AUGCCUGAUCCUAAUGAUGUAAAUCAGCUGAGCUUAACGAGGUUUGCUUUCAACAUAUAUGGGGCGUUGAAUCAAGCGCAAUCCUUUGACGGUGCUUCUUCUACUUCACCAACACCAUCGAUGAACCCCAAGCAGCACCCCAAGACAGAAACUGUACCAUGUCGUAAAAAGAAGCUAGUUUAUAACUUUGAAAGAGAGGUAUCAUGUAUUUCUCAAUUUAACUAUUCAUUGAACGGUUUAGUAAAAAAUUAUGAGGAAGACCCGUUGCAUCAUUUAAUAAUUGGCGGAAAGAAUUAUUUGAAGCUAUUAGCUUUGAAUAAUGAUCAAACAAAAAUUGUUCAUGAGAUUGAUAUAUUAGAGCUGAGCAAAUCUAUGUAUUCAUCUUCGAGAACUUUAUCAAGCUCCAAGCUCACAAGUGUAAAUACAAUUGAAUCGCAAAACGACACUAUUGCAUGCGAGAUAGCGACAGGGUUAAUUUCAGUAUACAAGGUUCAAAAUAAUGGGAAAUGUAAAUUAGUCAGGAAAUACUCGGAUCAUAAAAGAUGUGUGAACUCUUUAGACUUCAUAAACCAACUGAAUUUUACAGAUUCUUCUCUGCCAUAUCAAUUGAUAUCUGGCUCGCAAGACGGGACUAUAAAGCUAUGGGACUUGAGGUCUGCUUCUAAUAAGCCUACACUAACAGUAUCAUCUAAUUCGCAUUCUGAUCCUGUUAGAUCGUGCCAAUAUUCACCUCAUUCUACUGUUAGAAAUAAGAUUACAAUAUUAUCGGUCCAUGAUUCGGGUGCCCUAUGUAAAUAUGAUUUACGGUCUCCAAAUGGUGGGUAUCAACAUAAUAUUAGUGUGCCUGAACGUAAAUGGAAUUUUCAUACUGGACCAGCUUUAUCUUUAAAUAUACACCCUGAAAAGGAAUAUGUCAUAACUGGUGGAAGAGAUCAAAAGGUUUGUAUUUGGAAUUAUGGGGAUUCUCCUACUCAUCAAAAUAAAAUGAGCCCAGAUUACAUGAUCAAUACUUAUGGACCUGUAAUGAAAAUAAGGUGGUCAGCUUAUCCAGAUAAUAUAUCAAGUAAAACAGAUACUCCAUCAAACCAAUACCAACAGAUGCUAGAAUCAAAACGAUAUGAUGAUAAAACUAGUUCCAAUGAAAGAGAAACUAUUUCUACAAUGUCCUCAAUGUCUAAAAAUAAUCCAUUGUUUAAUUACGAUUUUGCAUGCCUGUUUCUCAACGAAGACCCAACUAUUUCAAUCUACAAUUUGAAAAGAAAAUACAUUCCAAAAGAAGUUAUAUCCAGCAAUUCUAAUAAACCGUUCCAAAAUUUUAUGUGGGCAAGAAAUUUUUCAGGGUCCCGAAGGAUAUGGACUAUCACUAAGUCAAACCAAUUCACCUCUUAUGAUUUGGAUACCGCUCAGUCAGAUCCUAAUAUAAUUAAACCAUUAGAUACUCUAACUAAUGUUUCAAUGACAUGGAACAGUGGACUUGGAGAUUUGUGUUUUGUGAACCAAGAAAAGGAAGAAUUUGAAAGUAUCUCCCAAUUCGAAAAUGAAUCGUUCAAGUCUGAGAAUGAAGAAUAUGACCCUGAAUUUGCAUUGAUUCUGGAAGGGGGUGGUCUUUCAUCGAACAGUGGUAUAGAUGACCAUCCAACAGAUGAACGUUCAUUAAAAUAUCGUAUAUCUUCUAAUUCCUUAGAUAAUUCUUCGAUUUACAACAAUCCUUCAAAACUCACGGUUGCAUCAAUACCUAUAGCUUCAAACCCAUCGAACACGCCACUAUCCUAUCAAUACCCUUCAUUAUCAAACUCCGUAUCUCCACCUUUUGAACAUGUUACAAAACCGCUACUUCAAAGAGCUUCAACACAUAAUCCAAUGAUACAACCUCCCAAGCCGCUAUCAUCUAUACUUCAGAAUAGAAGUUCUUUAGGAAUCGAAGCUUUGAUGGAGUACGGAAAUAAUAAUUCAGGAAGCAAUAAUGCUAGCGUUUCUGGAAAUCAUUUAAGACCUACAUUGAAUAGGAAUCAUUCUCAAUCAACACAAGGAUCUAAUGUGUCAUUAAGUUCGUCAAUACAAGCAUACCAAGCACCACAGCCAUCAGCUUCGAAAAGAGUUAUUUCAGUUAAUCACCCUUCACCAUAUAUAAUUCCAUUAUCUCUUCCCUUGCCUCAAAAUGACGAGCAUGCAUUUGAAAUAUUGUCUAAUAAUUAUUUGAUUACGGCAAGCGAUGGACUUAAUUUGAUUGAUGUUUGUUUGUAUAAUGCAAAUAUUGCAGCAAGUGUAAAUAAAUAUAGAGACAGUCAAACUUGGAGAGUGUUGGCUGUUGGGUUAGAAGACGAUAAGUCUUGUCUUAUCAAUUAUGAAGACAAUCUUCCAAAUCAUCCCACAAAAGCAGAAACUACAGUCAUAUAUGGCUCGCUGGAUGCAUAUGACCAAGAUAGCGAAGUUUCUAAUAGUAUUACACAAUUAAACCAGACGAAUGACAACAGAUCAAUCAUCUCAGAAUUGGAUAAUUUUGUGGGAUCUUACAACUCAAAUUCUACGCUGACUUCAAAUUAUGGAGGUAUACAUUCAGACAAAACUGCAAAUAGUAGUGAAUUACCAAAUACAUAUAAGAAAGUUGAAGAUGCUAGUAAUAUUGGUCCCAAGAAAGCUUCAUUUCCGGAGAUCAAACCCUUGAGCAAUAUAAACUCGCCCGGUCAUCUUAGAGACGUAUUAAGCCAAAAUCGCUCAAAUAGUAAUAGCUCUGUCAUAUCGAGAUCAAAUAGCACGCUGCUAAGAAAUAGGAAUACAAUAAACACUAGGUCUCUGAUAAUAGACAAUGAAAGUGCAAUCGAUGAUGAUGAAUUGGUUGACGCUAAGGCUUCCGAAGGGAACGAAGACAACCAUCAAUUUAAUACGAAAAAUUCUGAAUUAAAGAAACACUCAUCAAUGUCCGCAAUUAAUUCAGAAGUCAUGGAUAACUUCUUGUGCAAUACGCAGAAUCCAAAGUCUUCUCCGAUUAAAAUUGAGCUAGAGAAACACGAAAAGGGUAGAAGUCUUUCUGGGCUGACUAGUCCCCAUAAUAUUCAUCAGCCAAACAUUAUUAAGAAUCGGCGAAGAUCAUCUCUUGAUCCAGAAAACACAAGAAGGAAUUCUAGCAAUAAAUUCAACUAUAGACAUACCAACGCAUGGGAUUUGGAUAAUGAGAAUUCUAACAUAUUAAGUAAUAGAUCACAGUGGGCCACUAAUAGCUCAUUAUCUUCUUGUGGUAUAUCUUCUUACCAACCACGAAUAGGUAGUCCAAACUAUUCUGAUCAAUUACAUCAUUCAUAUAGCUCUACUUACUCAUCACCACGGCCUUAUUAUAAUACUACUACUCCUGGAUCAUCAAGAAGAAAUUCACAUAUCUCACCUGUUCAUGGGUUCCAUAAUAAAACUUCAUAUUCUAAGCAAUCGCCUGUUGCUCAAAAAGUAAUGAGAGACGAGCAAGCUCGUUCAGAGUUGAAAGAUGUACAAGAACAAAUAGAAGAUCAAGAAUCAAUCGAAGAUACCAGAGUGGCGUCGAUUAAUUUUGGUAAGUCAGGAUUAACCAGAGCCAUUACUGAGAAUAAUCAAGCAUCACCUAAUACCGUGUAUAAACCGUGGAAGACCGAGAAUCUAUUGGAAGAAGCUUUGGAAUUUGCAUCUUUACAAGGUGACAUAGUGUUAUGUUCUACUUUAACUAUAUUAUUUUACGAUUACUUGAAAGUUGGAAAAGAUUCAAAAGUUUUCACGAAAGAACAAAGUUUGGAUUGGUUGUCAUUGUACGUCGAGAUACUUCGUAGGAAGCAGCUAUUUUCAAAUGCAAUGUAUGUUAUUAAUAUGGCACCGAAGGAACUACUUCCUGAUUUAGCUAAUCUUACAAGUACUGAAGUAAAUUUAAGGUUUUUUUGUUGUUGGUGCCAGAGACUUUUAGUGAAUGACAAAUCAAAGCGAAAGGCGUUAAAAGAUGAUAGUUUUGGUUAUUGGUAUUGUGACGAAUGUUCUACCAAGCAACUGAAUUGUAUAUAUUGCCAUGAACCUUGCAAAGGUCUUAACAUCGUUACCAGUCUUAGCUGUGGGCAUAGGGGACAUUUUGGAUGCUUACGAGAAUGGUUUGUGGACCAAGAGAAUAUCGAAUGCCCUGGUGGAUGUGAUGAGCAAGUUGUUUAA